UGUCCAUCCUCUUCCCCUAUAUACAAACAAACCAGCCUCUCGCUUGUUUACUCCCAGCAAGCACGAGCAGCUUCGUCGAUCAUGGCGUCAUUGAUGAACUCAUGGGCCUUCUUCAUCCUUCUGAUCUCCCUCCUGUUUACGCCUUCUUAUGCUAAUAGAGGACCCCUUGUGGGAGGGAAGACUGACAUUCCGGACGUCAAGUCCAACAGCGAGGUGCAGCAGCUAGGCAGAUUUUCGGUGGAGGAGUACAACCGCAGCUUGAGACUGUGGUGGAAUCCGCCGGACGAGCCGCUGGAGUUCAGACGAGUGGUGGAGGCACAGAGGCAAGUGGUGUCGGGGAUAAAGUACUACCUCAAGAUCUCGGCGUCGCAGAACAGGAGAGAGAGGAUGUUCGAUUCGGAGGUGGUGGUCAAGCCUUGGCUUCAUUCCAAGCAGCUCCUUCACUUUGCUCGUUCUCGUUCCAGUACAAAUCUCAACUAGAUAGCAAAAAGACUCAUCCUUUCAAGUUUCAGGCGCUCAUCAACAAAUACUGGAAACUUCAAGGCCAGGUUCGGAUUGUACAAUAUUAUGGGAAUUACUUUCUGAUAUACUUUCAGUCAACCUCAGAUCUGGAAUCCUCAAGGACUUGUCAUAGUUCUACAGAAAUGGUGUCAUUUUUCGCUACUAUAAAAAAUUUAGAAUAGCCCAUGUGCCAAUAUGCUCUCAUGCAACUUGUCUGCCAAUGGAUCUUUUCACAUUUGGCAUAGUGCAAACGAUUGGAGAAGCUCUUGGUUCUUUCUUGCAGUUUGAUGAAGGCAGCUUAUAAAUAUGUCUCAUGGUUUAUGGUUUUGGAGUCAUUUUCAAUUUAGAAAUGAGCCUUCCUUUACAAGUUAGAGGAAUAAUUUCAUAGCUAGCAGGUUGUUACGAAAGAGUUGUUUGGAUAUGUUUCAAUUUACAGAGAGUUUUGGGCAUGUUUAGUAGUGUUGUUUCCAUCAACGUUCAUGGUUUACAACUUUUACUUCAGGAUCCAUUCAUGUUUGUGGCUCAGUUUUUCUGUCGAGUUGGCUAUUUAAGUUUUUACCUCUAUAUAGUAUUUUUUUUUUUAAAAAACAAAUUAGAGGAGCUUUGUUGCUCUUUUCAACGUGUAAU